AGAAAUAUACGAGUUCCGACUGUCGCGAACUCGACUAGGAGUGUACUUUUUUUGGAGAAUUAGUGAUCAAGAUGGACGACGACCUUUCUUACCUUCAGGCUGGGUUCGAUCCCGCCACCCUCCGCGUCGCGGACCUUCGUCGCAUUUUGUUGGAGUGGGACGUUCAGUAUCCUUCGUCGGCGAAGAAGGCUGUCUUGGUGGAUAUCUUCUCGCAGAGCAUAACACCUAACGCCGCAAAAUACCUCAAGAAGAAGGAAAAGGCUCGUGCGACCAAAGCUGGUUCGCCGGAUGUGUAUGCCUACGACCGCAAAGUCAAGAUCGAAUCCACGUCUGAGGUCGAGCCAGGACAAGAGGAGACUCCGAUGGUUAGGAGGAAGAGUCGGAGGAGUUUGAGUCCGCGGAAGGCCAUGCAACCUGUGAGUGAGGAGGAGGAGAUCAGCCCCCCACCGACCGCGACGAGGAGGAAGAGUGUGAAGAUUGAGAAGCCGGUCUUGGCUGUUGAGACGAGGACACCGGCGAGGAGGAAGAGUUCUAAGCUCCUCAAUGAGGGGGAGAAGGAUGAUGUGGACACGUUUAGUCCGCAUAAUCCGUUUCAGAGUCCGCCGCCUGCUGGUCUUGAGGGUGGCAGGAGAAAGACGUUGGCGGAGGGAACGGCGAGUUCGAAGAGGAAGAGUCUUGCGGCUACGACGCCUGGUACGCAGAACAGGAGGAGGACUGAUCUUGGUCCUAUCUUGGCUCUGGCGCCGCCUGAGGCGAGGGUGCCGGCUAGGUUCAUGCCGAGUGUUAAUACGCUACAGACGUCUACCGAGUUCCGCGAGCUUGUGAACCAAGUUGAGGAGGAGAACAAGGAUUCCGACGAACAGGAGCCCGAAAUCACGGAAGAGUUCACCCCGGACGAGGUCAAGGAGUUGCAGGCUACCCCCGAUGGCAGGAAGAGGUUGUCUGAGAGCAGAGCUGAGGCGCGUAGGUUGAUGAAGAGGAGAAAGGUAAAGAAGAGCGGUCCGAGUGUGUGGCCGAAGGUGUUGCUUGGGGCAUUGGUUGCGCCGGCGGUUGCUUAUGGGGCUUGGUGGAGGGAGGAGAAGGUCAACGUUGGGUAUUGUGGGGUUGAUACGCCUGAACAUCCAAGGUGGCCUAUUCCUGAAGCUUUGCAGCCGUACGAGCAGUACGACCCUCGUCCUCACCUUCGUCCCGAGUGCGUGCCAUGCCCGGAUCACGCUGUCUGCUACCCUAACUUCAAGGCUGUUUGCGAGCCCGACUUUGUUGAGGUUCUCAACCCACUUUCCCUCAAUGGAUUGAUCCCAUUGCCGCCUGCUUGUGAGCCCGACUCAGAAAAAUUGAGGAAGGUCAUGAUUGUGGCGGAUGAGGCUGUCCAGCAGUUGAGGAACAGGAACGCUGCCGAGGAGUGCGGACACGUCAAGCUCCCCAAAGGCGAGCCAAAGGGAUUGAACGAGGAGGAUUUGAAGGCCGAGUUGUACAAGCUCAAGUCUCCCGCUUUGACGGAUGAGCAGUUUGAGAAUCUCUGGCAGCAUGCCUUGAACGAUGUGGUCGAUAGAGAGGAAGUCACCGUCACUCACACCGAUGGAAAUAACCGAAUCUUCUCUUCCUCCUCCCUCGCAAACAUCAGCUUCGGCUGCGCGAUCCGCAAGUCCAUCCGCGGAUCCCUGGCUCGACAUCGAGGCGCGCUUAUUAGCGUAGUUCUCCUUGCUCUUGGUUUCCUUUAUCUUCGUUCUUUCUUGAUUCGUCGGCGCAAGUACUCUCGUCGUGUGGAGGAGUUGGUGCAUUAUACCCUUCGUCAGCUUUCCGAUCAGCGCCGUUUCAAUAUUUCUAAUCCUGAGGCUACGCCGGUGCCGUAUGUGGCUGUUGGGCAGUUGAGGGAUUUGGUGUUGGCUGGGGAGUUUGAUCCGAAGGAGAGGCAGAGGUUAUGGCUCGGUGUUCAAAAGGUCGUUGAGGGGAAUUCGAAUAUUCGUGUCAGGCAACUGGAGGUGAAUGGGGAGAUUCAUAGGUGCUGGGAAUGGGUCUCCGGUGUCAGUUUUGCUCCGUCGGAGGAGACGACGCCUACCAAGGUGACUGGAAAGGAAGAUGAGGCCGUGGACGCUCCCAGGAUUGUUGCUGCCGUCGCGUACGAAGAAAGGUCGCUGUUUUCUCAGGGAGGUCCUUGGAGAAUGAAGGACAAAAACACCCAGACGACAAAGAGGCAUCGCUUCAAGCCCUUCUCCAAGCGGGUAGAGGGCGUGAAGAUCGAUGUGUACCACCGCGUUAACCGUCAAGUCCAACAUGAGGAGGCCGAGGAGUGUUUCUUCAAGACGGCGUUGGAGUCAUGGACGGAGCUUAACCUCACAACUACAUUUACACAAUUUCUGAGAGAAGUGCGACCGCUCAGCAAUACCCUGGUGCAAGUGCUGUACCACAAGGAGAAGAUCUUUGAGUUGUUGGAGGGCUUUUUGAAGAAGGGUGAUGAGCUUGCCUUGGAGCCGCUGUUGGACUUGAUCACGCAAUUCGCCCGCGACCUCGGUACUGAAUAUGAACCAUUUUUUGCAAGGUCGAUUACGGCGCUCUUCCCUUUCGUCAGAUCAGGCGACCUCGAAGUUAUCGAGCACACCUUCAACUGUCUUGCCUUCUUGUUGAAGUACCUCGCAAAACAACUCGUUCCGGAUUUGCGACCAGUUUUCGACUUGUUGAGUCCGUUGCUCGGAAAGAAGCAGCAGAAGUACUACACCACUCGUUUCGCCGCAGAGGCUUUCGCCUUCCUGAUCCGCCGCGCCAGAGGUGAGCACCUUAAGAUUAUUGUGAAGCACGCUUUGGCGGACCUUGCGGCAAAUCCUUCGGAUCUCUACAGUGAUGGAUUGUGCACGAUUUUCACUGAGUCGAUCAAGAGCGUGGAGAUGACACUGCACUCUCGCGCCACAGCGAUCUUUGAGCAGUUGCUCGAAUGUGUUCAUGAGUCGGAGACACAAGAGGGACGGGCACUGGUGAAGAAGGUUGAGAUUGCGCUGUUGCAUCACAGUCAGAGGCAAACAUUCACGUCGAUUUUCGAUGUUGUUUGCAAUAACCUUUCUGCAGCACUCGAGGCGACCUUCGCUCCUGCCACGAGAGUAAUCUUCGCUGUUGAUUUGGCUUACACCCUCGCCGCUGUUCGCAAGGGUACGCGUGUCUCAGACUGGCCGCGUAUCGCCGACUUGGCUGCCCGCGCCGUCUCAUCUAAGACCCCCGAAGUCUUUUGGCCUGCUGCACAGCUUGCUGCUGUUUUCCUGCAAUAUGCUGAACUCGGACUCGCGGCUCAGAAGUGCGACUCCCUUUUCACACCUAUCUUUGCUGGCGAAGAUGUGAAUGCUGUGUUGGCUUUCUGCGAUUACUUGGGACAGAGCGUGCCGGAACGGUUUAGAGACCUUGCCUUGCCCUACUUUGUCAAGUUCGUUGCCCAGAGGUGGGAAGCCGCGGAACAGGAUUUGCUCGUGACAUUGCCAAGAUUGAAGGAGAAUGGUGUAUUCCGGACUGGCACUGUGCCCAAUAAGAAUUUGAGCAACACUGGCUUGUUGCAGUUGAACCAAGAGAAGGGCCUCGUCCCAGCUUUGCUCAAGAAGCUUUCAGUGUCGAAGGAGCUUACGAUUGCGUUUCAUGAGCAGGAUGAGCAGUGGUUUGCGCAACAGUUGGCGAGGUUGGAGGCGUUGAAGUGCAUCCAUGUUACGCCUGCGGCUAUCAAGCCCGUUGUGCAGCAACUCGGUCUCGUGCUACUCGAGAAGGGUCAGGGAAGCAAAACGGUCGCGCCGGUGUUGGGUGCUGCGUUGACUAUCUUCGCUCAGCACCUUACUGAAAAUGACCAGAGCAUCGUACAGUUGGUUGCAGACAACUUGAAUCAAUGGACAAGCGUCAUCUCUUUCCUUGAGGGAGCUAAGGCUGUCUUUGCUGCUGCUUCGAGUAAGAAGGGGUUGACUGUCAACAAUGUUGAGCAGGGCAUCAUCGACCCACUCCUCCCCAUCCUUGCUCUCCCCUCCAAGAGCCGCCGUUCUGUUACUUUGGAGAUCCUCGCUUCCGCAUACUCCUUCCUCAACAAAGGCAAGAUCUCGGAACACAUCUCUGCAUGCCAGCUCGUCGAAGAUGCACCACUCACCGUCGAGUCCGUACGAACCGUCCAGAUGCAACUCCGAAACCUCGCACAGAACUACUUCCUCAUUCCCAAGCAGGACUGGGUCGGUCAAGUUUUUCCUCGGCUGUGUCUCGGUGUGUUGACGUUGAACUUUACUGCGUUGUGGGGAGAUGCGUGUAAAGCGUUGACCUCUGUUGCACAGCAGAGACCAGAGUUGGUGUGGGACCUUGUAUGGGAAGGGUUGCAGACGACGACUCAGCCGACGCUUGAUGAUGCUCCGGAGGCUGAGGAGGAGGAGCCGGUUGGGCAGAAUUCGACUACGACGUCGGUGUUCCAGUGCUUCAACUUGGCUAACGUUACUGAGAUCUCUGAGAAGAGUCUUAGCAUCAUGAAGGCCGGUACUGCUGAGGUAAAAAAUCUCUAUGUGAAGAAGUUUGUGGAGGAUAGCACAUUGAGUCCGAUGGCGAGGUCUCAGGCAUUGAGGGUGUUGCUUGGCGUCCCUGAGUUGGCAGAGAAGCACAACGCCCAGCUUGUCCCUCUGUUCAUUGACUGUAACGGUACGGAUGCUGUUGCCGUUGAGGAAGGUGAUGCUAUGGGGGUCGACGCCGAGAUCACCAAGGAAUCCUGGUCGAGAAAAGACAAGAAUACCAUGUUGGAGCUGUUCGCCAAGUUCAAGAACCCUAGAACAUUGUCCAAGACUGAUACCGUUCGUGAGAUCUUGAUGAAUCUCUUGGCUAUGGGAGACAACCACAUCCAAACUCUAGCGUUGAACUGUUUGUUGACCUGGAAGGAGGUUGAGCUGAGGACGUAUGAGGAUAACUUGAAGAACUUGUUGGACGAUACGAGGUUCAGAGAUGAGAUUACCUUGUUCUUGCAUCUCGAUCAGAGAGACUCGACGAUUCAAGAAGCACACAGAGGCGUGCUUAUGCCAGUUGUUGUUCGUAUCCUUUUCGGUCGAGUCGUGGCCAGGAGGGGACAGGCUAGUCAGAAGAAGGGUCUCGCCUCUCGACGAACGACUAUUUUGGCUGCUUUGGCGAACUUGCCCCGGGACGAUUUGAAGUCGUUCUUGGAUUUGGUCUUGACGGCGUUCAAAGACCUCGAUGUUAUCAAGAAGUCUGACGCGGAUCAUCACGUCUUGCGUUAUAACCAGGCUGAUGCCGAAGAGGUGCCCGAGAGGAAGCAGGUUGGUUAUGUCACCAUGUUGGCCGAGAUUAUGGAGCAGCUCGGAACCAUCAUUGGGCCUUUUACGGAGGAGCUUCUGACGCCUCUCGUGUACUGCUUGUACCGUGCGCAUACUCGCAUUCGCAACCAAGAGCAGACGGAAUCUGAGGGUAGCGUAGAACUCAAGAUCGCUCGCAAUAUCCGUCAGGUUGGUUUGAAGUGCUUGACGGCCCUGUUCAAGUACUCUACCGAGUUCACAUGGCAGCCAUAUGUACCCCUCAUUUUCAAGGAGUUUGUGUCACCUCGAUUGGAGAAGUUACCCAUCGAGUCUUCGCAGAAUCCUUCUGGCUUACUUCAGCUUUUGGCGACCUGGGCAUCUUCUGUUGCUACUGUCUUGUAUUUGGCGGAGUAUGACACUGAGGUCGUUCCUAAUGUUCUCCGUUGCCUCACGAAUAAGAGUGUGAAGCCUGAGGUUAUCACAUACAUCCUGAAUAUGCUUCAAAAGGUCUUGGAUCACGUUGAUGAUUCCGAAACUGAAGAGGACGUGGUUGAGGCCAUCAAGGACAAGGUACUCAUUCCUAACCUUGACCUGGCACUUGAUAGUGUCACGUACCUUCUCGAGAACGAGGAGUCCGCUGGACUCAAGGGCGACUUGUUGGAGUUGCUGAUCAAUGUCCUUUCCCGUUUGGCACCUAUGGUCUCUGCUGGUGAUCAGGCACAGAAGUUGGUCGGUCUCCUUAUGGUCAUGCUUGAUAAGCCCAAGAAGGCUGUUUCUGAGAAGGUGAAGACUGAUGUCUUGGAGGUUGUGAAGCAUUUCCUUCCGCUUUGCGAAGACUUCAAGCCUGCAGAGCCUGUCUUCCAGAAGAGGUACAAGACUAUCUCGUCACUUUUCGCUAGCCUUGCGACUCGCAACGGUCGUCUCGUUCUUUCGCAAGUCUUCGAGGUAUUUGGUGCUGCUGACGAGAUUCUGCUUCGCGUGGUUAAGCUCAUUGUCGACCUUAACUCAUUUUCCAAGAAGAGGCUUGAUGAGCCUGAUUUCAACCGCCGCUUGAAGGCAUUCGCCGAGGUCAACGAGAAUCUCUUCUCGGAAUUGACUUUGCGGGAGUGGUUGCCGUUGUUGCACAAUGCUCUCUUCAAUAUUCAGGAUAAGGAAGAACUUGCACUCCGCAGUAGUGCCUCGUUUACUUUGAGACGGUUUGCUGAGGUCGUUGGUGCUGCCGAUGACGAGCAGAGAGACAAACGCAUCGAGGUCCUCAACAACGUCGUUAUGAAGGAGGUCCGUCGCGGUAUGCGUAAUCCCAAUGAACUUGUCCGCGCUGAGUACCUUUCUGUCUUGGCUCAUGUAGUCCGCCACUGCUCCUUCUGGGAUCAGGUUGGAGAUAUGGAACCCUUGCUCUUCGGUAACGACGAGGAAGCCAACUUUUUCAACAACAUCUUGCAUAUUCAGCAGCACCGUCGCUUGAGGGCAUUGCGCCGUCUUGCUGUUAGCGCUUCAAAGGGCAUUCACCCGCAGAACAUUGCGCACCUCUUCAUGCCAUUGAUCGAACACUUCGUCAUGCUGACGGGGGAGAAGGCCGAAGUUCACGGUUUGAUUGCGGAGACGGUGAAGACGAUCGGAGUUCUGAGUGGUUGGUUGACUUGGGCUCAGUACAAGGCUGUUUUGAAGCGUUAUAUCGGUAUGCUUAAAGGAGACGUUGAAUCAGAACGUACUACCAUUCGUCUCAUUUCAGCCGUUGUCGAUGGCAUUGCCGGUAGUAGCAACGCCCAGGCAUCCACAGCGGAGGACGCGGAGAGUGACGCAGACGGAGAAGAUGUCGAUAUGGCAGAUGCGGGAGAGGUCGAGGAAAUCAAGCCUUCAACGGCGCUACUGUCAUCUCUUCCGCCCGUGGAAAGAUUGCAGGAAGAGGUCCUGAAUGGGCUUUUGCCUCCUCUCGUGAAGUAUCUACAUACCAGAGAAGAAUCCACGGUUAUCCUUCGUGUACCGGUGGCCUUGCCCAUCGUUAAGCUUCUCCGUCUCCUGCCGGAAGAAGUCAUUGCGAACAGGCUCCCCGGUGUUCUCAUGGACCUGUCGCACGUUCUGAAAUCAAAGUCUCAAGAGUCCAGGGAUAUGACUCGCAAGACCCUCGCCGAUAUUGUGGCUCUUUUGGGUCCGGCUUACUUCCAGUACGUCUUGACUGAGCUUCGCGGUGCCCUUUUGCGUGGAUCGCAGCUUCAUGUUCUGGGUUUUACGGUUCACACGUUGUUGGUCCGUCUCACAGAGAACAAGCAGAUUACCAAGGGUGAUUUGGAUUACUGCCUGCCGGCAAUCGCCGACAUGCUUGUGGAUGACAUCUUCGGUGUAACUGGAUCUGAAAAGGAGGCGGAAGGGUACAGCACCAGUAUGAGGGAAGUAAAGGGCAACAAAUCGUUUGACUCUUAUGAAAUCCUCGCGAAGUACUCAAGCGUUGAGCAUCUUGGUGUGAUGAUUGCUCCUAUCAAGAACCUUCUACACGAGUUAUCUACCCUAAAGCUACUGAAGAAGGUGGAUGAAGUGUUGCGCCGCAUCACUCUUGGUGUGCAAGCGAACGAGGCAGGCAACUCCAGGGAGAUGCUUGUCUUUGCGUACAAUGUCUUCCAGUCUUCUUUGAAGGCCGAGGUGGUUGUGCAGAAAUCCACCGAGAGUGAAGCCAGGGCUGAGUCUCGUAAGUUCUUUGAGCUUGACAUCAAGCCAAAGAAGCAUUUUAUCCGUGACCAUUACGUGGCGAACGCCUCUAAGCUUACCAGAUUUGCGUUGGAUACUCUGCGAUCCGUGCUCACGAGGAACGACGAGCUUAUGACUGAGGCAAACUUGGCGGGCUUCAUUCCUUUGAUCGGAGACUGCAUGUUGUCAGAGUCGGAAGAGUUGCAAAUCUCGGCUCUUAGAUUGCUGAACCUGUUGCUCCGCGUUCAGAUGUCUGCCAUCGACGAAGGUGCUGAUGUGUUUGUCGCGCAAGCGUUCUCGUUCGUGAAGACAUCGCCUUCAACUAACUCUGAAAUCUGUCAAGCGAGUUUGAAGUUUCUUGCGACGGUUCUUAAGGACCGCAAGGGCGUUGACAUCAAGGAAAGCCAGCUGGCCUAUAUCCUUAAGCGUAUCAAGCCUGACCUCGAAGAGCCUGAUCGUCAAGGUGUCACCUUCACGUUUAUCCGCUCUGUCCUGUCGCGCAAGUUCAUCAUUCCUGAGGUUUACGACGUUAUGGACACUGUUGCCACGAUGAUGGUCACUAACCAGACUCGUUCUGCUCGUGAUGUUGCGCGAUCCACCUACUUCCAGUUCUUGAUGGAUUACCCUCAGGGUAAAGGCAGACUCAAGGCUCAAAUUGCUUUCCUUGUUCGAAACUUGUCGUACGAGCACCAGUCUGGUCGUCAGUCUGUUAUGGAGGUCUUGCAUCUGAUCUUGUCCAAGUUUGGUGAUGUCCUCGUUCAGGAAGUGGUUGGCAGCUUUUUCGUCGCCCUUGUUAUGGUUCUUGUGAACGAUGACGUGGCUGAGUGUCGUGAGAUGGCGGGUGCUUUGAUUCAGAAGUGUUUGCAGAGGGCGGACGCAGAACGUCUCACUGGUAUCGUCAAGGCUCUCAGGACCUGGACUCAGGCCGACGACCAGCCCUCGUUGCAGAGAACUGGUAUGCAGGUCUAUGGGUUGUUCUUCGAUGUCUUCAAGGCUACCAAGACGGAUGAGAUGCAGUACUGUGUGAAGCGAAUCAGGGAUCUUCUUUCGCAGAGUGCCCGGGCGACUGACGAGGACGCUGAGGACGUUCAAGUUUCUGAUACUUGGGAGAUGGCAUAUUACACUUUGCAAACUUUGUCAAAGAUCGCUACGACCUGUCCGGAGACUGUCAUCACCAAGAAGGGUGCCGACAUCUGGAGUGCUGUCAGGCAGCAUUUGCUUUACAGGCAUUCAUGGGUACGCUUGUCUGCAGCACGUCUCAUUGGUGCUCUGUUCGCUCAGUGCAAGGCUGCUCCUACCCAGUUGCCUGUCGAGAUCUCUGGAGGACUGAAGUUUUCCUUGGAGGACCUCAUCGAGGUUGCCAGGAAGUCUUUGAUCCAGAUGAGGAGCCCUCAAUUGUCCGAAGAUCUUGGUUUCCAAGCCAUCAAGAAUCUCAUAUUCGUCGGAAGGGCCUUCUACGGCUCGCAGGCUAUCAUGCCUGCUACAGACGCCGAUGCUGAUGAGGAGGAGACUGAAGAUGCUGCCGAAGGCAAGGCAGGACAGGUUGUUACCUGUUUGUCUUGGAUGAUGACUCGUUUGUCUGCUGAGCUCCGCCGCGAGCGUAGAACCAACGAUCGUCAGGCCUUGUCCAAGCGUUUGAUGUUGCAGUGGUACGCAACCAUGAUCAACAUCAUUCAGCCUACGGAUCUGGAACCGCAUGUGAAAUCCAUUUUGAGGCCUCUAUACAGGUUCUCCGAGUUGCCUGACAUUAACACUGAGAGUAAGGAACUCAAGUCUUUGUCUCAGGAAAUCAUGUCCUUGUUGCAGGGUCGUGUUGGUGUGACUAGUUAUGUCCACGCCUUCAACCACGUCAAGCAGGAUGCUUUCGAGAAAAGACAAGAUAGAAGGCACAAGCGUAGCUUGCAGCAGGUUGCUGAGCCCGAGUUGGCUGCGAAGAAGAAGAUGAAGCACAACCUUCAAAAGAAGGAGCAGAGGAAGAAGAAGUCACUUCAGUUCAAGUUGAGCAGGGGUGGCUAG